AUGGAUGCCUCCAAACCCGCUUUUGACAACAGCCCGAGUCCCAGCGGAAGGUACGUCUCUUCUCCUCCAGAUGGGGUGGAAACUGAAGCGUUUUGCUGGCCGGAGAAUGACACUGUCGCCGGGACUGUCGGCGUUGAUGCUCCGGCUAGCGGCCCAGGAGGACCGGACCUCUCAGGCUACUGGACCGCUGUGUUCGACUAUGAUGCUGGGGCGGAAGACGAGCUCAGCCUGCGGAAGGGUGACCUGGUGGAGGUGCUAUCGAAGGAUUCGCUAGUGUCCGGGGACGAGGGCUGGUGGACGGGGCUGAUCGAGGAUCGGGUUGGCAUUUUCCCCAGUAAUUAUGUCAGUAUUGGGAAUGGAAUCUCUGAGAAAAUACGGGACAGAGACACGUCAGUGAAGAAGUACUCUGAUUACGCGGUGCCUUCACUACACCUUCUAGAGGUUGACUUCUCGGAGCUGACCCUGGAGGAGAUCAUCGGGGUGGGUGGUUUUGGGAAGGUGUACCGUGCCAUGUGGCGUGGGGCGGAGGUGGCAGUGAAGGCUGCGAGGCGGGACCCCGAUGAGGAGGAGGGACAGAUCCUAGAGAGCGUUCGUCAGGAGGCCAAGCUGUUUGCAAUGCUGCACCACCCCAACAUCAUGGCCCUACUUGGGGUGUGUCUCCAGGAGCCGACGUUGUGCCUGGUGAUGGAAUUUGCCCGGGGAGGACCGCUGAACCGAGCCCUGUCAGGGAAACGUAUCCCACCAUGCACCCUGGUAGACUGGGCCGUGCAGAUCGCCCGUGCCAUGCACUACCUCCACUGUGAGGCCAUCGUCCCCGUCAUACACAGAGACCUCAAGUCUAGCAACAUCCUGAUCCUGGAAAAGGUCGAGAUGGAGGAUCUGACCAACAAGACGUUGAAGAUCACCGACUUCGGCCUGGCGAGGGAGUGGCACCGUACCACCAAGAUGUCCGCCGCCGGCACCUACGCCUGGAUGGCACCCGAGGUCAUCCGCUCCUCCACCUUCUCUAAAGGCAGCGACGUCUGGAGCUACGGGGUUCUCCUGUGGGAGCUGCUGACGGGCGAAGUGCCAUUCAGGGGCAUUGAUUGUCUCGCUGUGGCGUAUGGAGUGGCCAUGAAUAAGCUGUCGUUACCCAUCCCUUCCACCUGCCCAGAGCCCUUCGCCCGUCUUAUGGAAGACUGCUGGAGUCCAGACCCCCACCUGCGACCUCUCUUCACCAGUAUCCUGGAUCAGCUGACAACUAUAGAGGAAUCGGGUUUCUUCGAGAUGCCAGUCGAGUCCUUCCACUCCCUGCAGGACGACUGGAAGAUGGAGAUUCAGGAGAUGUUCGACCAGCUUAGGGUCAAAGAGAAGGAGCUGAGGUCGUGGGAGGAGGAGCUGAGUCGUGCGGCGCUGCAGCAGAAGAGCCAGGAGGAGGAGCUGAGGAGGAGGGAGCAGGAGCUGGCUGAGAGGGAGAUCCAUAUCCUGGAGAGGGAGCUGAACGUUAUCAUCCACCAGCUGUACCAGGAGAAACCCCGCGUGGAGAGCAGGCAGGGCAAGUUCAGACGCUCACGUCUCAAACUGAAGGAUGGGAACAGAAUCAGUCUGCCUUCAGAUUUCCAACACAAGAUCACCGUGCAGGCCUCUCCCUCUCACGACCGAUGCCGGAGUUUACUGGGCAGUCUCUCCAGCCCUCCCACCAGUCCCCAGGCCCCGUUACUACCACGCCUCAGAGCCAUACAACUGACUCCAGGAGGAGAGGGGUGUAAAGGUUGGGGCCGGUUGGAUGAGGAGGAAGAGAAGAGAGGCUCCAGGAAGAAAGGUCGUAUCAAGGGCUCACACAGAGAACACAGUGAUGAUGAGAGCAUCAAGGUCCCUCAGGAGGGGAACAGACAGAGGUCCUGCAGCGCCCCAAAUCUCCGCAGGUCACCGAGACACAGCCCUGCCAUACCAGGGGUACCCAGCCUCACUGAGAUGGAGAAUGAAGACUGCUGCUACACCACUGACCCAGCUGGAGGGGCCAACGCAUCCCCCAGCCAAUCCUACCUCUGCAUCCCCUUCCACAGGGAGGGGCCUGUUGCCGACGGUAACGCAGGAGGAGGCGGGGAGUACUGCCCUAGUUACCAUAGCACCCCGGCCCCGGACACGCCCCCUAGUAGGAAGAGUCAAGCCGGGCGGGGGAGGUCAGAGCUGGUGCUACUGGGGUGUGGGGCCUUGCUGGCUGCAGUAGGACUGGGCUUCAAUAUGAUGACUCUGGCCCAGCCUGGGACUGGUUCUGGGUCUGGGACUGAGGGGGCUGCGGAGAGCAGCAAGCCACCUCGCUGGGAGGGCUUCUUCCACCGUACAGGGACAGGGGGCCAGAGACGGAGCACCAGUCCCCCCACACGCAAGCUCUUCAGGCGGGGAGGGGACAAGGAGAGCCCCCUGAAGCACUCGGUUGCCCCGGUGACGGAGCGGGUUGGAGGCGGACUGUUCCCGUCAUCUCUCACACUGCUGUCACUGUCGUCUGUGUCGGACUGUAAUUCUACGCGGUCUCUGUUACGAUCUGAUAGUGAGGAACUGUUGGUCUACCGCACUGCCUCUCCCCAGGCCCCGGUUCAGCCUUCUGUCCAGCCCCACACCUCUGUUCACCCCCAGCCCCAGCAUGCCUCACUCAACCCCUUGGUCAACACACACCUGGAGAGCUUCAAGCGUCACCCUCGGCAGUCCCUGACCCCGACCCAUCUCCCCUCCGUUCCAUCCUCCUCACGCUGUCUACACCGGACCCCCUCCGACGGUGCCAUCAAGACACGCUGCCCUCCAAACUAUAUCCACCCUUUUCCUUUACCUGUCAGAGCAACUCCGGAGACCACAGAUGGAGGUCUCAGGGGUCUAAGUGACCACGUAUCCCAGGUUCCCCGGUUGCCAGAUCCAAAUCUGGUGUUUCCCCCUACACCCCGCCGCCGCUGCCCUCCUGAACGACCCAAAACCCUGGACUUCCUGGUUAGACCACGCCCCUCGCCACGGGUACGCUGCGACGUCUUCUUGGGCCAGUCACCUGGGCGGGGCAGAGGAGCGGGGCAGGGGAAUGGAGAGUCCCCAGCCCACACCACCAGCACAGACACCCCUCCCACGGUGGAGUUUGGCAGGGACAUGACCGUGCUUCCUACCCCCUUGGAGCCCCCGACACCAUCCCCAAGGAGGGGACACAGUCUGGAGGCGCCGACGCCCUCACCAAGGAGGGGACACCCACUGCUAACCCAUCACAUGGAGCCCAGAGACAUGGAGGUACUAGCCACCCCCAUGGAGCCCCCUACACCCUGCUCAACCUCCCCGCGGCAGAGGGGGGACAGUCUGCUGGACCAACAGGACGAGGAACAGUGUCUGGACCCAACCCUCCCACUCUGCAAACCAGAGUCCCAGUUCCCCAAAUGUUCCCCGUACCGCUACCGGCCUGGGUUCUUUUCCUAA